AAGACAACUCAAAAUGAUGUUAGAAAGAGUGCACAGUUAAGAUGUCAAGGACAAGGCUCAAGACAGCAGCAGAAUUUUUCGAAGAAUUAAAAAUAACUGUAAAAUUAUGUAGCUCAGUAAAAUUACUGUGAUGCCUCACAAGCUACAGUUUAAAGUCAUUCAUGCAUCUGGACAGGAUGACAUUUACAGAGCAAGUGAACUUAACCAUCACAGUCCUUUGACCAAAGGAUGGCAAUCUGCCAGGUUUUGUUUAUAUCCACAAGACAUGGUCAUUCAAUUAGAAACCCGUUCAAGAUUACGUAAAAUUCAGAUUCUAUCUCACCAAUUCCUUAUCCCAACCAAGAUAGAAUUCUUUGUUGGCGAUGUCCCAGAUGGAGCCCCAUUACUACUUGAAAGUGCUCGAUAUGCACGAUUGGGGUAUGUUUCUCUUUCUGACAAUGAGAAAACAGGCUAUAAGGCUAGAGAACUUAAAUCAGUUCAUGUUGAUGCAGUGGGACACUUUCUGAAACUAAACAUUCAUAAAAAUCAUGUCAAUAAACACAAUUUAUAUAAUCAGGUGGGCAUUAUUGCAAUAAAUGUUAUUGGGGAUGAACUUCGUCGACCAUAUGACAUUACAGACCCUGAUCUUCUUUUAGAUGACCCUAGAAUUGAAAGAGAUCCAGCUCUUGAAGGACUUUUUAAUAAACCAGACUACAUUUCCCCACUGGAUGACCUAGCCUUUGACAUGUAUCAGGAUCCAGAAAUAGCACAAAUUAUUAGAAGGCUUGAACGAAAAAAGCAAGAAGCUGUUUUGCAAGAGAGGUAUGAUUAUGCAAAGAGACUCAAACAGGCAAUCACAGAAUUGCAAAAAGUAGGGGAAAAACUUGGUAAAAUGGAGGUAGAGAAACGUCAAGCUGUUGAAAAUGAAGACUAUGAUAAGGCAAGAUUAAAGAAAGUACAGAUGGAUGAGUACAGGCUCCAGGUGUACAAAGAUCUUAAUCUAAAUGAUUUAUUAGAACUUACAGGGAGUCGACACCCUCAACAUAUUGAUCUUGAGCCUGUUCGGCACUAUUCACCUCCAACUCCUCCUCCUCGAUUAGAAGAACUGCCUCCUCCUACUAUACGCACACCUCCACAUUACGAAGAGUAUCCGCUACCCAGAAGUGACUCUGUGUUGGAAGUAGUUAGUACCAAGACAAUCCCUAGCUACUACCCUUUUGAUGACAUGCCAUUACCAAACCAGAAGAGCAAGUCUGUCAUAGAACCUAUAACAGUGCCAGCUGAAGAAACAUCUAAGUCUCCUAGACCUCCUGAAACAAACAGGUCUAAAAAUAACUCUCCUCGAACACCUCAUGAUUCAAGGCGACUGCCACCCCCAAAAUUAAAAUCUAUCAAAGAAGAUGAAGAAAAAGCACUCACAUUGGAAGAAGAGCUUCCACCUGAACCUGAAAAUAACCAAGAAGCUGAACCCAUGUCUGAAGUUGACUUAAGAGAAGCUUCAACUGCGAUUGAUAUUUUUGGCCUGUCGUUGGUUUCAAAAGCCUACUCAAAGACCUGGUCUUAUCGAGAGGAUGCCCUGACUGCCGUCCACCAUCAGAUGCAGCAAAUGCCGACGGGUAAUAAAGAGGAAGCUAAGUCAAUGCUAAGAGCAGCCAUAUUUCUAGUGAAACGUGGUAUUGAUGAUAAAGUGUAUGCUGUUUUUCGAGCUGCUCUACAUCUCUAUAGAAUGCUUUUAACAGAAUUUGUUCCAAAACACAAGUUAGGUAAGCCUGACAUAACAAGUGCUGUAGAGAAAACAUUGCCCAAUCUGUUUCACAAAGCAGGGGACACUGCAGUCAGGAAUCGGGAUGAUGCUAAAAGCUUCAUUCAAGAAAUGGCCAGUUUCCCUGAAGUCAAAGCCACACAGACACUAGCUCAUGAAUGUGUUAAACCUUUCAAGCUUACACUUGGGCCUCGACAUGCUCAGAGUCGAUGUGAGAUAGUGGAGUCCCUGUAUCAAAAUUUUGGUUUGAAAGGGGGCUUAACAAUUGACAACAUAAUGAAGUUUAAUGUGGAAGGCUUAAACCACAAUGCUGGAGAAGUAAGAGAUGUGAUAGAAAGACUGAUCAAAACUAUGUACAAAAAUCAUGGAGCACCUAUCAAGGAUUAUCUCCCUCCAGAUGAUGAAAAGACUAGAAAAAACACUCUUUGGCGACAACUUUUUGAAUACUUUGACCAAGUUGAUGGUAAACCUCCCAGAACUGAUGCAAAAAAACAAAAGGCUGAAGAGGAACAGAAAAAACAAGCAGAAAUUGAUGCCUUACAAAAACAGCUCCAGGCAUUGAGAGAUAUGAAUGCAGGCAAAGCACUUCGAAGUGACAGAAGCAAUGGCCCUAUAGAUGCUUCAGUUUUAUCAAAGAAUGAUCCUUCCAAGAAAGCUGCACCACAGAAGAAAAAACCUGAAGCAGCUAAAGUAAAACCUAAAGGUAAUAAACCAACAACAAAAGAUGAUGAUGAUGUCUCAAUGUUUACUGUUGACAACAUUUGUAUAUUCUGUGGGGAAAGGAAUGAAAGCUUCACAGAGGAAGGUCUGGACAUACAUUACUGGAAGAAUUGUCCCAUGCUGAAGCGGUGCACUAAUUGCAAACAGGUUGUUGAGAUAGCCACUUACACUGACCAUGUGCUGACAGAAUGUGAGGCCAAAUCAAACUUUAGCAAAUGUCCCAGGUGUUCUGAAGCUAUCCCCAAGCCAGAAUAUGACCAGCAUGUGGCUGAUAAAGCUUGCAACCCUCACAAGACAGGUCAAAACCACUGUCCACUUUGUCAUGAAAAUAUAUCUUCUGGUGAAGAUGGCUGGAAGGAACACUUGAUGGGACGGACAGGGUGUAAACAAAACCCAAGAAGACUUUUGGCUCUUAACAAACCUGCAGGGGGAGCUGCAGGUAAUAAAACUACUGCAGCACGUGGAAGAGGAGGUAAGGCAGGCUCUGUACGUGGACGCAAAUAAUACAAACUAGUAUACAACUAUUGGUCAAUUUUCAUUUGUAGUAGAAUGUUAUUUAAUUUAUAAUUUGUUUAUUGUUUUUGUUUCUUUUGAUUGGCUAUUAUUGAAACUUUUGUUAGUGUCUUCCUUUAAACACAGAAUGUUAUUUUUUUUUUGUUUCUCUGGUCAGUGAUCAGUAAUUUUAUACAGUAUAAAUGUACAGAAUAUUUGUGCCAUUUGUGAACUAUGAUUUUUGUCUUUUUUUUUUUUUCUUUUUUUUUUUACAAACCUAUUCAGAUCUAGAUAGGCCUAUAGUAGAAUAUUGAAUUCACAUGAUAUAUUUACUUUCAAUGUGCCUUUGGUAAUGCUGGUUAAAUAGAGUAACUUCAGUCCCCAUGAAUCAAUAGUUGAGUCAAAUUAUUUCAACACCUGUCUAACAAAAAUAGCAACCAAUAUUUAACAAGCAUGUAUUUAUAUUAAUUACAGAAGUCUUUCUAAAUUUAACAAAAAUACUGUCAAGAUACUUUAAAUAUUUAUUACAGAAAUAUAAUAAUAAAUUAUACUGAACAGGAAAAAUAUAUUAAACUUUGAGGCCCAAACAAAGUAUUAGCUUCAAAGUUCAUAUCCUCUUUGUCUCCAAAUUCACUUUGUCAGUUUUUUUUAAAUGUCUUAUAAGCUGGAUAAAUAAUUUAACAAUUUUAAGCAUGACACUUCAAUUCUUUCUUUCUAUUAAAAUAAGAAUCCCAAAAAAAAAAGGGGGGGGGGGGAUUUCAUUAUAUGACCUGCAUCUGUGUUAAAAAUUGUUUUCUUUGCACAUGUAAAUAUUUAAUAUAAAGUAGUUUUGCAUAUGCAACCCAUAUUCUAUGUAUUUUAUUUGACACUUAUAUGACAAGGAAGAACUGCUUGUAAAAUUGUACAUUUAAAUUUUUUUCUUUGUAAAUUAUAUCAUUUCAUGUACAGAUAAAUAAAAAACACAAGUAUGAUCAA